UUAGUUUAGUUUUUUACAUUUACAUCCCGCCCUGAUUGUAAGCCAGGGCGGGAUCAGCCAGCGGUGGCAUUCAGCAUGUACGAUUAAUUUGCAGUCUGGACAAGGAGGGGUGAACAUCUCCUGCUCUGACUGCAGCUGGGAGGGACUGCUGCGCACAACAUAAGGACUGGGCCGCCUGUGAGCACUAUGGGACGGGGUGGGGCCCACGGCAGCACAACGCUGCUCGUUGAGAAGAGUAAGAACGAUAUGUGCUUUUACGUCAGUCUCCAAAAGUCUCUCAUAACACCAGGAAAAGGCGCUAGAUUUGUCGCUUUAAAAAAAAGUGUGCUAGAGGGGUCUGAAUACUCACUAAAUAUAGCGACAAAGUUGCUAAAUUGGCAACACUGGCCCUGGGAUAUUUUAUUUUUUUAGACCAGAGGAAAGGGUGCCUCCUACUGGCCCUCGAACAACACUUCCAGCCGCGACCAGGAUCAACCCUGGGGGAUAUGCUGCUGGCAUAGCCUUAUUGAUAUACAAUCACUAAGCCUAUUUUUACUGUGAUAGGCCUACAUUGGAAAAAUACACUUCGGAGACCUAUUAGUCUAAUAAAGUGCCCAGCAAAAAUUGUAAGAUUAAAUUGGCCUAGCUAUGACAGGCUAUUUGAUCAGCAAAAUGCAUAUCUAUAGUCGUGUGUGCUCGUGUAGUACGCUAGCAUCUAUAAGGAUUUCCAUUAGUGGUCUAAAAUGACUGUGUCCCAUGAUACAAAUUAUGGAGAGAACAGAUCCACAGAGCAGUACGCACUCAUGUUAUGAUGCAUCACAGGGCGUGAAUCCAAAGUUGGAAUGAGGACCGUGCGUUUUGCUGUUGGGACUUUCAUCAGUCUGAUUCUCCAAGUGGGUAUGACGCACCAGAGGACGAAUGGUGAAUAUUGCCAUGGUUGGAAGGACGCGCAAUCUACCUGGCGAGAGGGUUUCCACUGUCCGGAGCCCAAUGAUCAAAGAGAAGCGGUGAUCUGCUGCGGAGCUUGUGGGCUGCGCUACUGUUGCGCACUCAUGAGAGCAAGACUGGAUCAGGGAAACUGCAACAACCACGAGCAAGUUCAACAGCCUGGCACUUCUGAUGACAAGAAAGUUGCCAAGAGCGCAGUACCUGUCUAUGUUCCCUUUGUGAUUGUGGGCUCUUUGUUUCUGGCCUUUAUCUUUCUGGGCUCUAUGGUGGCCAUGGGUGUCUGUCUGAGUCGUAAACAGGAGAUCUCCCAAAGCCCAGAAGGUGCUGCUGGUCCCCAGGGUGGGAGUGGAGAGCAGCAGCAGGAGGCUGUACCCAUGACAGGGACGUCCUGUGGUUCCACCUCAUCUCUCUACCCUCCCAAUGCCAGCCAAGCCUGUCCAACUGGAUCCUCAUGUGUCCACCAAACCUUACAGAGGCAGGAAACUCCCACCAGCCUACAACCUUCCAUGGCUCAACCUUCUACCAUGCACUCCUCCAUGGUGUUUUCCACCCUGGUUCAGCCCUCCAUGCUUCACCAUUCCAUAAUGCAUCCUUAUAUGGCUCAAAUGCCUACUCUGUAUACCUCACAAGAGGAAAGCCGUCUUCUACCAUCUCCCUGCCCCCCAUCUGGCUAUACCAGUACUAAACCCAGACACACUGAAGUGAUCAUAUAAUUUGUGGCUUUGACUUUUACAGGCUCCAGUGGGGAGUAUUUGGGUAUUCAAAUAUGAAAAUAUUAAUAAGCCUAGAAAAUGGAAAGUAAAUCUGAGUCAGCCAAAUGAAUACAAAUAUUGAGGAGAAUAAUUGCAAUUGGUCAAUGACCAAUAAUUCAAGCUUUCACGUUUUAUUUGGACUUAAAAUGUAUGGUAUUUAUUUGUAAACAUGCUGUAUAUGUGCUACUUUAAAAAAACAUCACAAAUUGCUGACCUAUUUUGGAUGUUUUGUCCAUAAUAGAGUUAUAUUACUGUUAAGUAUUUCUGAUGCAGCUGUCAAACUCUGUACAUAACCCCCAUCACAUGAUAUCAUGACUCCCUCAUUUACCACUCUUUAUCUGACACAUUGUUCACUGUGAUCUCUAUACAUGAAUAGAAUUCACUCUGGGGGUUGAAUGUCCACGGUGCUGAAUGUUUGCGUGUCUAGCUAGACGUCUUUUACCAACUGCGGCUUUUACAAUUGAAGUUACAUUGUGUUUUUACCUCCCAUUUUUAGACUUAAUUCCAUACUUCCAUGCAUCUUCAGCAUUAGGCUAGGCUAUCUUAUUAGGGAGACCGUUAUAGGCCUAAUCAAUCAGAAUCA